CACACGCCAAGGUUGGAGUCUCAAUCUCCCUCACGAGCCUGGAGGAGCGGUGUAACCGGAUGCUGAGGGAGAUGGAGGGUGGCCUGACGGCACGAGACCGCGUCGGACUCCAGGACUUCGUCCUCCUGGAGAACUACACCAGCGAGAGCGCCUUCCUAGACAAUAUUAGGAAACGCUUCCAUGAAAACCUCAUAUACACCUAUAUCGGGACCCUGCUGGUGUCAGUGAACCCCUAUAAGGAACUCAGCAUCUACACCAAGAAGCAGAUGGACGUCUAUAUGGGGGUCAACUUCUUCGAACUACCACCGCACAUUUUUGCGCUGGCAGACAACGUGUACCGCACAAUGCUGAGUGAGACGAAUAACCACUUCAUCCUGAUAUCCGGGGAGAGCGGGGCGGGGAAGACGGAGGCCUGCAAGAAGGUGCUGCAGUUCUACGCCGUCAGCUGCCCCAGCACCCGCGUCCUCGACAACGUCAGGGACCGACUGCUACUGUCCAACCCAGUACUAGAGGCGUUUGGAAAUGCAAAAACACUGAAGAAUGACAACUCGAGCCGCUUUGGGAAGUACAUGGAUAUUCAGUUUGAUCACAAGGGCGGUGCUGUAGGCGGCCAUAUCCUGAGUUACCUGCUGGAGAAGUCCAGGGUGGUGCAUCAGAACCACGGGGAGAGGAACUUCCACAUCUUCUACCAGCUGGUGGAGGGAGGAGACGAGGAGCUGCUGAGAUGGCUGGGGCUGGAGAGAAACUGCCAGAAAUACAGAUAUCUAGUCCGGGGUGAGUGUGCCAAGGUGAGCUCCAUUAGCGAUAAGAGCGACUGGAAGACGGUGCAGAAGGCCUUCACUGUCAUCGACUUCAGCGAGAAGGACGUGGAGGAUCUGUUGGCCAUCAUAGCCAGCGUUCUGCAUCUGGGAAACGUCUACUUCGACAAGAACAUCAGGGGCUACGCUGCUCUCAACAACAGCAUGGAAGUACACUGGCUCUCAAAGUUGCUGGGGAUUCCCACCCAGACUCUACAACAGGGUCUCACUCACAGGAAGAUAGAAGCCAGAUCUGAAGAGGUGCUGAGUCCCUUUACGCCAGACCAUGCUAAAUGCGCCAGGGAUGCUCUUGCCAAAGCCAUCUAUGGUCGCACCUUCAACUGGCUGGUGGGGAAGAUCAACGAGUCGCUAGUCAACAAGGAUUCCACGAGGAAAACCGUCAUUGGCUUGAUUGACAUCUACGGAUUUGAGGUGUUCCAAGUCAACAGUUUUGAGCAGUUCUGUAUAAACUACUGCAAUGAGAAGCUGCAGCAGCUCUUCAUCCAGCUGACACUCAAAUCAGAACAGGAGGAGUACGAGACCGAGGGGGUCGAGUGGGAGCCAGUGCCAUAUUUUAACAACAAGAUAAUCUGUGAACUGGUGGAGGCUAAACAUCGAGGAAUCAUCUCUGUUCUGGAUGAAGAGUGUUUGCGCCCAGGUGAGGCCACAGAUCUGACUUUCUUGGAGAAGCUGGAGGAGACUCUGAGUGGACACCCACACUUCCUAACGCACAAGCUGGCGGACCCGAAGACAAGGAAGACUCUGGAUAGAGGGGACUUCCGCCUCAUUCACUACGCAGGGGAGGUCACCUACUCCGUACAAGGAUUUUUGGAUAAAAAUAACGACCUCCUGUACAGGAACAUCAAAGAAGUGAUGCGUCAGUCCACCAAUCACAUCAUCAAGCUCUGCUUCCCAGUCAACGAGCCGGACACCAAGCGGAGACCUGAAACGGUCGCUACGCAGUUCAAGAGCAGUCUGGCAGGCCUGGCGGACAUCCUGAUGUCCAAGGAGCCGUGGUACGUACGCUGCAUCAAGCCCAACGACGGCAAGCAGUCAGGGAGGUUUGAUGACGUGCUGGUGAGACAUCAGGUUAAGUACCUGGGCCUCAUGGAGCACCUGCGGGUCAGGAGGGCAGGAUUCGCUUACCGCCGCCGCUACGAAGUUUUCCUACAGAGGUAUAAGCCGCUAUGUCCAGACACCUGGCCUAACUGGCGGGGCACAGCUGCAGAGGGCGUGGCCAAGUUGGUGAAACACCUGGGCUACCAGAGGGACGAGUACAAGAUGGGGAAAACAAAAAUUUUCAUACGCCAUGCGAGGACUUUAUUUGCCACCGAAGACGCAUUUGAUGUUUGCAAACACCAACUGGCUACACGGAUACAGGCCAAAUAUAAAGGCUACCGCGUGAAAGGAGACUACCUCAAGCAGAGAGAAGCAGCCACGAAGAUUGAGAACUGCUGGAGGGGUCUGAUGGCCCGCAAGGAGAAGGAGAGGAGAGCCUGGGCAGUCAAGGUCAUCAAGAAGUUCAUCAAGGGCUUCAUGACGCGUAACCAGCCCCUCAGUGUGGACAACUCCGAGUACCUGGCCUUCGUACGCCACAACUACCUCAUGAGGCUUAAAGACAACCUGCCCAAGACAGUACUGGACAGGCACAACUGGCUUACACCGCCCCCCAUCAUGAAGGAGGCCUCCCAUCUACUACGCAAAAUCUUCACUCGAAACAUCGUGAGGAAGUACGUCAAGGGGAUGACAGCACAGAGGAAAGCACAGCUCCAGCUGAAAGGUCUGACCAGUGCUCUGUUUCGGGGUAAGAAGGAGAACUACCCCUGCAGUGUGGGCCGGCCCUUUGCAGACACCAGAAUCAAUGAACAGGACAUCAACAUUAAAGUCCUGCAGACUCUUAACCUGGAGGGAGUAAAGUACAGCGUUCCUGUUGUGAAGUACGACCGUAAUGGUUUCCGUCCUCGUUUCCGUCAGAUGAUCUUCACCCAGGUGGCGGCCUACCUGGUGGAAGAGGGCAGGGUCAAGCAGCGCAUGGAGUACGCACAGCUCAAAGGAAUAUCCGUGAGCAACUUGAGUGACAACUUCCUGAUAUUCCACGUCAUCUGUGACGCUCCUGUCAAGCAGAAGGGGGACGUUGUGCUUCAGUGUGACUACCUGUUUGAGGCGCUGACUAAACUCUGUGUGGUGAUGAACAGAAGGAGCAUCAUCAGCAUCGUCCAGGGAAGUGUCAGGUUUGAUAUCUACCCUGGGAGGGAGGGCUUCGUGGACUUCAAGAGCGGGCCCGAGUCGAUGGUCUACCGCGGCAAGAACGGACAUCUCAUGGUGGAGUCAGCAAAGACGAAAGUUCGGUGACCCAGUGAGCAUCGAGGAGAGAACCAGGAAGUGAUCUGACCUUCAGCUUGCCUGGCGCGACCUCCAUUCGACCUUCAUUCGGUUGGAGACAACAGAUCACGAACCAACAGGGCUGCCAAGCA